AAUAUUUUGAUUCAAAACAUUUAUCCAGAGAUUCCAAUCAAUAAUACAAAAGGAUAUUUUAUGCCAUUAAAUCGUAAAGAUUCAAGGCGUACAAUAAUUCAACGUAAUAAUACAGAUUUUAUUAAUUCUCAAUAUUACGAACAAUGGAAAAAUCAUUCACGGCAUGUUUUUGUAAUCCUUGCCUUUUCACCAUUGAUAAGAUUAGAACCGAAUUGCAGGGACCAUUCAAACUAUGAAGAUUCUUCGAUGCAACAAUCAAUUCUUUUAUUAAUCAUGAAGGAUGAUUCAAUUCCAUUCAUACCAAUGAAGAAUCACUACCUCAAGUCUUUAUGGAAAACAGAAUUCGAUGAGGCACACCUUUGGAAUCCUUGUUGUAACCCAUUGAAAUACCAUCAUACCAUCACAAACUUAAAGAAGAUGAG